AUGAUUUGGGAUCAAAACAUUCUCCGGUCUCGCUUUUGCAAUGCUCUUUCUGAGAUGUAUAAGAGCGAAGUCCCUCUUUAUGGAAACCUGAUCGAUGUGGUUUGGGAAGCGGACGCCAAAACAGUCCAAGACAGCCAGAAACUUGGAGUUCUGCAGGCCAUUGACCCAGAUGAUGUUCUUCCCUCGCGACAUCGAGUUGAAAGACACGGUGCCAUCCGACUGGGUACGGCAUAUGAGUUAGCCACGAUCCGCCGCAUGUUCGCUGUCAUGGGCAUGUACCCUGUUGGCUACUACGAUCUUAGUCUAGCAGGAUUUCCUAUGCAUGCUACGGCUUUCCGUCCCAAGACCCAAGAAGCUCUGGCUCGCAACCCCUUCCGCGUCUUCACGACAGUGCUACGCAUGGAGCUUUUGACUGAGAAGACGAGAAAUUUGGCGCAGAGAGCGCUAGAACAAAGAGAUAUCUUCCCACCUAGACUUCUUGAGCUUCUCGACCAUGCCGAAACAAAAGGUGGCUUGACACCGGAAGAGUGUACGGAGUUUAUUGCCAACGGCUUAGAGACAUUCCGGUGGCAUUCAAAAGCGACCGUCAGCUUGGACGAAUACAAGAUACUCAAAGCCGAACAUCCCUUGAUUGCCGACAUUGUGUCUUUUCCUAGCUCUCACAUUAAUCAUCUCACACCUCGCACAAUCGACAUCGACCUAGUGCGACGGCUAAUGCUUGAUCACGAGGAGACCGUCUACUUCCGAGAUACAUCAGACACGUACAUAAAAGGCUCACAUACAGCUCGUUUUGGAGAGGUAGAGCAACGAGGCUACGCUUUAACCCGCGAAGGUCGGCAACUAUACGAUCGAAUCCUAAACCGAGUCAAUGCAGAGGCUACGAUGCAAGGAAUCACAGGCGCAAAUUACGACAAGCUCUUGGCAGAGCACUUUGAAGCCUUUCCGGACACCUUAUCAGCACUCCAUGAUAAGAAUCUAGCAUACUUUUGCUACGGCUUGACACCAACCGGAGAGCGAAUCGCAAAUGAUAGUACUUCAGCCGCAGUAGAAUUAGGAGACUCGACGGUCUCCAUUUCACAAUUGCUAAAGAAAGACAUUGUGAUGUAUGAGCCUCUAACCUACGAGGACUUCUUGCCAUUGUCUGCUGGUGGCAUCUUCAACUCCAAUCUGGGAAAUGGGUAUGAGUCCCAGUCCAAGCAGCUCAUCAUGAACGCAGACCCGGAUCUCGAUGACUUUCAGCGGUGCCUCGGGACACAUGUGGCGGAUGAAUUUCAUCUUUAUGCUGAAAUACAGAAGGAGUCACUGGAAAGCUGUCGGGUGCAACUGCAAUUGAAGGAAGUCACACUGUAG